CAAGGUGCUUUCUUCGCCUCCGGGUCUUAGGCGGACACAUCCGUAUCUCGAGUGCCUCGGUGGGCGCAGGGUUCACCAGAAAUGGAUCGCCGGAUUUCUCGGAGACUGCUGGGGGCGCCGCUGCCAGGAAACUUGCCUUCUCAUUUGAGGGAUCCCUUUGCAGGAAUGCGCGAUUCCUUGGAUAAAUCUGGCUUGGUGACGGCAGUAUUCUUUCUCAAUAGACACUGCCACUUCCUCCACGCGCCUUUCGACCCUGACUUAGGUUUCUCAGUGUUAAUCACUAUGACAAGUGAGAGCAUUUGCCCUUUCCACACUUUGCUGUCACUAGGUAUCCCCUCCCUUCUUUUGCCUGUUUAAGGUGGAAAAGGGGCUAAACAGGUGCAGCUGUGAAGGAAAUGGGGACCCCAGGAGCAACACUCCUAGAAGUACAACCUUAGCUUCUGUUGGGUUCUUAUCUAACUCUGUUGCUAUUGGCAGACUUUCCGGAAGCUGCUGGGGGAUGUCUGACUAGCUCUCAUGGAGCUCCACUACCUUGCUAAGAAGAGCAACCAGGCAGACCUCUGUGAUGCCAGGGACUGGAGUUCAAGAGGGCUGCCUGGUGACCAGGCAGAUACAGCAGCCACGAGAGCUGCUCUCUGCUGUCAGAGACAGUGUGCAUCCACCCCAAGAGCAACCGAGAUGGAAGGGUCUAAACUUAGUUCUUCUCCAGCACCCCCCUCCUCCUCUCUGCAAAACAGUACUCUUCAGCCAGACGCCUUUCCACCAGGACUUCUUCACUCAGGGAACAACCAAAUAACAGCGGAACGGAAAGUCUGUAACUGCUGCAGCCAGGAAUUAGAAACUUCUUUUACCUAUGUGGACAAAAACAUCAACUUGGAGCAGCGGAACCGGAGUUCGCCAUCAGCAAAAGGGCGUAAUCACCCUGGGGAGCUUGGCUGGGAAAAUCCAAAUGAGUGGUCCCAAGAGGCUGCCAUAUCUUUGAUAUCUGAAGAGGAGGAUGAUACAAGUUCAGAAGCCACGUCUUCAGGGAAGUCUAUAGACUAUGGUUUCAUCAGUGCCAUCUUGUUCUUGGUCACUGGGAUCUUGCUGGUGAUCAUCUCUUACAUUGUCCCACGGGAAGUGUCUGUGGACCCCAACACUGUGGCAGCCCGGGAGAUGGAGCGCCUGGAGAAGGAGAGUGCGAGGCUGGGGGCUCACCUGGACCGCUGUGUGAUUGCGGGGCUCUGCCUCCUCACGCUGGGGGGCGUCGUCCUGUCCUGCUUGCUAAUGAUGUCCAUGUGGAAGGGGGAGCUCUAUCGUCGAAACAGAUUUGCCUCUUCCAAAGAGUCUGCAAAACUCUAUGGUUCUUUCAACUUCAGGAUGAAAACCAGCACGAAUGAAAACACUCUGGAACUGUCCUUGGUAGAGGAAGAUGCGCUGGCUGUACAGAGUUAAAAUUCUGGUUGUGAAUAUCUUGAGAGUCUGCCUUGGCAUUUUAUAAUAUGAAAAAAGUUAAUUUAUAAAAAUUCACAAUGCAAUUUAUUUGCCUGGCAAGAAAAGUUUAUUUCACAAACCAACAGCCAGUAAGUGUUUUUGUUCUCCAUGUGUCUUCUAUUUAGAAGAAAAGCCAUGUAAGAUGUAUAAGAAACCACAACCAGCCACACCUAUCCUUCUGAAGAGCUGAAGGCUUAAUUAAUCUGUAAUGGCCAAGAACUUCUACUUCGAUAGAAAAAUAUUUCUAAUGACCCAGUAUACAAAUUAUUUCUUUUACACAAAUAUGUGAUGUUAUUCUUUGGACACCAGGUGGUCCUACACACAGUAGGAUCAAUUGCUAAUCUGCUUUGUGAAAAAGAACUAAGCACUAAUCAAUAAUAAGGCUUACAUCUAAUUCUCAAAGGUGCUUAUCCAUUUUCUUGCUAAAUUAUCCUUCUUGUAAUUUGGCUAAACACUAAAAUAUGGAAUUUUUAGUUUGAAUAUUUUGAAGUUUGAGGAUGUUGGGCUUUUCUUAUUGUAAAAAAUGUUAUGUUUGAAAUUAUUCCUCUAUUCAAAAAUGGUAAUUAAGUCAUUAGGAUAAACUUUCUAAUAAAAGAAAAUUGUGUAAAUCAUUGUAAGACCAAUGUGAAUUUAAACCACAGCUCUUUUUUAAAAUGAAUUCAAAUUAGUUACUGAUACAAAUUUUAUAUUUUGUGAUUUUACCAUCAUACUGGUUAUCUGUGCUCUUGAAGUCUGCUGGUUCUCACACCAAAGAGGCAAGGCAUGGGACAUUUUAAAUAUAUUUCCAGACAUCUAAACAUCUAGACAGGCCUGAGUCAUGAUUGGCUCUGGUGUGCUUCCAGGUGACAUCUUAUUAUUGCUGUUUGGGGAACACCACCAAUAGAAUUACAGCUAGACUUUUGGGGACUGUGCCUAGCAGGCUGUAUCACUUGCUGUAGGCCAAGCAACAAGCACUUCCCUCAUGGUAGCAGCAGUCCUUAAGCCCAAAGCCAAAAAAAUAAAAUAAAAUGGAAAGAGAGAGAGAUUCAAUACACUGAUUUGAUGGGGACUGUAGUCAUCAUCAGAACUCACCUCCCACUCACAAUGGUCUAGAUGUCAUUCAGCAACUGUGAGCUCUUGCCUCAUAAAGCACAAACUCUUCUCUAAGAGCAGCAUGAUGAGCAAGAUGCUCACUUUGCAAGACAUACACUGGGUGUUCACAGUCACAGACCACCUCAUUAUGGUGACGGUUCAGAAAAGGGAUGGGAAAUGCAGCCUCAGAAAUGCCUUACAUUUUGCAAAUCUGCCUGGAGGUUUUUCCAACCUGUGCUGUAAGAGUUGUUGUAACUUCCAUGAUUGCGUUACCAGGAUCAGGAGGUCAUUCUUAAAGAGGACAGGAGCUGGGAAUUGGCAUGAGACAGCAGGAAUGAGGAAAUAAGAAAGUGAUUUCUUUGCAGAUUUUUAAAGUUUGUGUUGUUGUGGACAACUGUGGAAUACAUAGGUGACUUUGGCAAAAUGUGUGAAUCAGGAUAUUUAUGUGGAUGAGCUCUCAUGGGUGUCAGAGAUUGAUUUGAUGAGUGAGGUAUGCUGCACAUGGCUAAGGGUUGAAGUGAAAUACAAAAAGCGAGGCUCAGAAGAUAGUAAAAAGAGAGGAUGGGCAUAUGAAAGAAUUAUUAGGUAAAAAUGAGAAAUUAUAUGGGCAUCAGAGGAAGCUAGAUGUAGUUAAUUGCCUUAUGUUAUAGAGCAAUACUGAUUACUGAAAAGAAAGAAUUGAGAUGACAUAAACAUGAUUUUUGCUUUCCGUUGCUGUUUCUUUGUGCUUUUUGAACAAACUUUGUUUUACUGUGACUCUCAUUUCAUGAUUUUUGUUGAGGCUGCCUUACCAGUGGUAUAAGUUUUAUAUUCUGAAGAUUUCUAAGUCCAGCUCUAGCCUGCUUAAGGAUCCACUUUGGAUGAUGUUGAAACAAGAAGGAAACGAUCUGCUGAGUGAGUAGGUCUGAGCUGUGUGUUAAAAAAGGAAAGCAUUAAAAAAAAGAAGGCAUUAAAGAAAAAACUAAUGUUUAUUCAUAGAAGCUAAAAUGAGAUCAACUGAGUUUUGGCUUUAUUUAUUGGUGAAACAGGAUUAAUUAGACAAAUGGCAGACUAAACUGAAUUAAUGUGGAAUCGAAUUUCAGUUUAUGAAGAGGAGUUUGGGAAUCAAGUGUUAGGAAGUCUUUUCACUUGAUAAUAAAGCUUUUCAUGUGGAAGCAUUUAAUGAAUCUUGCAGGGCUACCAAAUAAUAUGAAUGUGAUCUAGAGGUAACAUUUUGAAAAAUGGUAUUUUGGAAAAAAAAAUUCAACGGGGAAGAAAAAGACCUAACACAUCAAAAUACAUUUCCUUUCUUUUCCCUAGAACUCUAUAAUUUCCUUUAAAAUUUAAAAUCGAAAUGAGGUAAGUAAAUGCACACUUCAACAUUAUUUAAAUCUGCUAACAUAUAGAGCACAUCUGUUUUAAGGUUCUACUUAUCUGAGGGCAAACCAUUACACAUUACAUGAUUUAGAAAAUCAUCUGAAUGACUCCUUUUGGGCUGUGGUGACAUUAUUCAGAUACUUGCCUUAAUCGACUUUCCCUGGGUAUUUGGUUUAUGUAGCCCUUAUCCAUCCUGGCAGUGCCUGAAUUCAAUAUGAAGAUUACUUGAAUUUAAAAUAAUGGUAACACAGGCAAAGAAAAGCCAUGUGCUUUAUUUCCUGUUGUUCCCAAUCUGACAAAGAGUGUUUUUGGCUCUAGAGGUACUUUGGCAAGACCAGGUGAUACAUUCUACAGACAUUGGGCAUACAAUACCCAUGGUGUUGGUCUUGCAUCUUUCAUGGAGAUUUAUGACCUUCCAUCUGUCUCUUCAACAUGGUGCUGGUUGUUACCUAUGAAAGUUUUUGUUGCUAGUCCUAGAGGAGAAAAACAUAGUUCAGUGGUUCUAGCUCUUUAGCUUAUUUACAUGGUUUUAGAAAUCUAAACUCAGAGUCAUCUUCCUAAUCUCAAUGAGAAGACAGCUCGUCUUUCAGCAGUGUGGCCCAAUGGGGUGAGUUACAGAAAGAAAGCUGUCUUUCUUCUUUAUUACUGGGAUCUACACGCUGCUGAUGGAUGACUUCAGGCUCCUAAUAUCUUUAUAAGCUAGUUCUUUUUAGGGCACCUUAAACUGUUAGUGGUAGAGUUUGCAAAGAGUUUUCUUUGCAGUGCUGUGUGUCCUUCCCACCCAUUGGGAGCUCUUAAAGCAGAUCACGUAAUAAGAUGUACUGGCCCCUCAUAUAAAGAACAGCUUUUCUUCAUGCUCCCCACUGUGUAGGUGAUUUAUAGUUCAGAGGAAGACAAGACUGCUUGGAACCAUGAAGUUCUUGGAGGCCAUGGUUGCUAUAACCCUUGAUUCUGUUCUAUCAAGUUACUUGCCUUGAUAUCACGUGCUUUGCUGUCUGCUUAAAAUAUGAGUCCAUCUCCCUCAUACUUAUUUGUUUUAGGGGCCCAAUUGGACCAGUGCUGGCACAUGCCCUUCAAAGUACAACUUCUGAAAAGAGACUGCACUACCAAACUUAUGUGUGCCUUUACCUCAGUCCCCCAGGAUAAGGGGUGACUUAAUCCUGUUAAAUGAGUGACUGAGCACCAUGCUAGUUAAAUAUUGAGAAUUAAAAGCCUGAACCCAAUGGCUCUACUUUUUUUUUUACCACUUUCCAACAAGCAAAAAUUCUAGGCAGGAGCAUGUGAACAUUUUGGUCUUCAUCUUUCACAUGUGCAGUGGUAGGUGUAUGCAAAAUUUUACUUGGAUUAAUUGUCUAAAGUUAAAAAAGUGUUCUAUAUGUAUAUCUCUUAGGAGAAAGUUUUUCAACCUGAAGGUCAGAUUUCACUGCAGAAAUUAAUGCCAUCAAAAAAACGUGGUCUGACAAAAAAGAUUCACAACCUUUGCCAGUGGUUCACCUAUUACAGCAAGAUAUAAUACUAUCAAUACUUACUGUUCUCUGUAAUGGGUUUAACCUUUCCCAGAAUUGGACAUAAAGAAUGACUAUGAUGAGAAGAUUAUAAUGAACUCUUACUGGCUUUUCCUAGUCUAAAAGAGUACUUAAGAAAGAGAAUUAAUAUAUCAUUGUCUUUUGGCUGAUCUUUAGCUAUAUCAUUUUUUGGUUCGUAAUAUUCUAUAAUAUCUUCUCCCAAAUUUUAUAAGUCUUGGGAAAUAAUUUGGCUGCGUAGUGCAUUGACACUGUAAAAAGCAAGAUGUUAUUUUAAACACAUAAAACUGAUUUCAAGAAUCUGUGGCUUACACUUAAGAGUGUACUCGUGGUUUAUGUUUGUGUGCAGAUUUAUGUGCACUCAAGUCUAUGUGCAUUCGGACUAUAUAGUUAUACAGCUUUAAUAUCCAAAGUUAUUGUUAGAAUAAUUUUAUUAUAGGAAUUUGGCAUGCCUUACUGUUGACAUUAAGAAGAAGAGAAGUGUUUAACAAGUCAUGAAUGAAGAAUUUGGAAUCAGCCUCAGAAUGAGAUGCCAUAAUUAUUAUAAACCUGUUUUGGUUGUUCAGCCUCCCACAAAUGUUUACUGAUUUGUUUUUUAACUUCUCAAUUUCAGGCUCAUUAGAGUGUGAGAUAUUUGGAAAUUAUUUUGCCGUGGAUUGUCAUUUUAUUUCAGGGACUAUGGGGAGUAUAUUCCUUUGUUUCAAAUUUGGAUAACUCUCCUGUGUUUCAGGAACAGCUCUCCCUAUUUUUUCACUGCCGUCUUCAGGCUUCCUAGCCAGGCUCCAAACAAAUAAUCAUGUAAGAAAGAAAAAUGAAUUAUUACAUAUUGUGUAUUUAGAGUUUGUACUCUGUGGUUCUCAUCGUGCUUUUAAUUUUACUUUUCUUGCCAAACAAAAAUAAUUUGACAUUGAUUAUGUGCUUUUUGAUGUUUUCAAGGGCAAUUAAUAAGGUUAUGAGCUCUUUCUUGGGGCACUUGAUGCCUUAUAUGUUAAUAGCAAGUGUGUCAUAUCAUUUUAAAAUAAAACUAUUCAAAUGCUU